AAAUAAUUCAGAGUACAUGCAACCACCCACCAACCACGCUAAUUAAAGGAAGCCAAUUGCUUGGAAUUGUCUGUUUCUAUCGAGCCGCAUACAAUUGACAACAAGAUGACAAGAGUGCGAAGACUCGCCAAAAAACCCAUCUUCCUACCCGAGUUCGUCGUAACUCUCGUUCGCACCCCUUUCCUCCCACCACGAUAUGCCACAUUCUACGUCCCCCUCGAAUUCAACAAGCUCGACAUGCGCGAGUACAUGAAACAAGUAUACAAUGUCGAUAUAAUAAGCAUACGAAGCUUCGUGGAGCAACAAAAAGUCACACGAGAAUUCCGCGACGGUAGACCUGGGUAUGGACCUAUACGACGACCAAAGUCGAAGAAGAAGAUGACUAUUGAAAUGACGGAGCCUUUUGUGUGGCCUGAGGUUCCUAAGGAUUUAUCUCCCUGGCAACCAGAUCAAUUCUACCGCCAUCGCGAAUACAGCCAAGAAUUUCAAGAAUCCGGCCAACCAUCCGCGAGCGCAAAACCCCUCAAAGGCGAAUCCGAUGCAUUCGCAGAACAAGCCAAGGAACUCCUGGAAGGCAAAACAGCUUGGAAACCGACAUGGCAGGCACUUGGGUUACGAUAUGAUCGGCCGGCGUUGGCGAAAUUGUCUGAAAAGACGACGCUGGAAGCGAAGGUAUCGCAGCUGAAAACGACAAAGGAAGGGCAGGAAGCUCCUGUUCCGGAUGUGAAAGUAGAAGAGUCUUCUCAAUCGGUGGAGAGUACACCCAAAGAUAAAACUUCUUAGGGGUUGUUGGUGAUUGGACUGUCUUGGCAGUGAUACCUUGCUUUCGCUGUUGAAAUGUACUGCUUUGGCAAACAUGUACAAUAUCGCAUUUCAUUUCUUUUCACAGUUUAAGAAUUUCUGUAGUAUAUUAUAACUUUGAAGGUUAGGGACUCAAACUUGUUUGCUUGCUUAAAAUACAAAACCAAAUAUACAUGAAGAAAACGAUAAUUUUAUACUGAACUAAGAGACUUUGAUUUCGGAAAUGGGGAAAGUCUCUUGACAUAUAUGAGGUACCGUAUACACCGAGAUAAUGAGUGACGCUAAUUGAAGUAAUCAAGAUGAUCUGAAAACGGGCAAGAGAUUAUAGAUGGCUCUCAAACAUGUUAAGUUGCUGUCCUGGGAAAUGAGCUUCCGGCCAAACGACACGGAGAGCUUC